ACGGUUAAAUAGAAGAUAGAAAAGCAAAAUAGCCAAAGGAAAAGAAAGAGGCAAACACUUCCACCACUACAAACACUCACUCUCAUCCUCUCUGUCACGGCGGCCGGUCACAGCGGCGCCUCCACUCAAUCUCUCUCCUGCCGGUGGUGAUCUCUCCGCUAUUCUUUAGUGAGCUAAGGUGGAAAGAUACGUGCGGAUUUAUCGGUGUAAAGAUGCUUCAAAUUCGCCUUAAUAAAGGUUCAUCUAUAGAAGGUGGCACUGGAACAAAGUUGCUGCCUGGGGAAUCUGUGAAUGUCGCAUGCCCUGAUCACCUAAUUCUUGCUGAUCUUCCUGUUGCCAAGGGUCUUGGUUCUGCGACUGCUGCUUCAUUUGUUAAGAUUGUUGGUCGACGGUCCCGACGACAGCUUGCUGAGCGAGUCCACUUUUGCGUUCGUUGUGAUUUCCCAAUCGCAGUUUAUGGCCGCCUGAGUCCAUGCGAGCAUGCCUACUGCCUUGAUUGCGCGAGGAGUGAUUCUAUUUGUUAUCUAUGUGAUGAACGGAUCCAGAAGAUUCAAACCAUCAAAAUGAUGGAGGGAAUUUUCGUUUGUGCUGCUCCUCACUGCCUCAAGUCAUUUCUGAAAAAGCCGGAAUUUGAGUCUCACAUUCAUGAAAUCCAUGCCGACUUGCUUCAUCCUUAUAUGAAGAGAGAUCAAGAAAUGAGUGAUCCCGAGGGUUCAGGUACUAAGCAGUCUUCAACUUUAGAUACAACUCUCCGAGGCCCGCCAAGGCCCGGUUUCCCUCCUAGUGCAAAUAAUCAUCAGCUGAAUGAUCGUGAUGAUAGAGCUCGUCGCCAGCAACCUAGAGACCAGCCACCUCUUCUUAGACCACUUAUGCAGCCAAAGCCACCCCUGUUCUACGGGCAACCCCAUCCUUCUGACCUGCAAUCUGACAACCGCCCCAUGGGUUUUGACGGGUCGGGCCAAAAUCGGAUGCAGCAGCAGCAGAAUGGUGAUUCAGAUAAGCAGCAGCAGCAGCAAGGAAUUCUCCCAGAACCCCACCGCGAGUACCAGAUGAUGUACCCACAACAGCAAUCAAAUUUCCCCAUGCCUAACCCGAUGAUGUUGGGUGGGCCUCCAUUUGGGUUUCCUCCUUUCCCAUCUGAUGGAGCUCCACCUUUUUAUGGUACUCCAUCUUCCUACGAGGUAACACGAUCAGACUCCGCCGGAGAAGGUGGAUCAGAGCAAGGAGGCGGGUCAGUAUUGGGUUUUGCUCCUGGAUCUGGCAGGCCCGUUAACUUCUCGGAAAACUAUCCCCGUCCUUGGAAUGGGGGGCCCGCAAAUGUUUCUUUUGAAGCUGUCCAGGGUGGUGCACAAGGUGGUUUGUUGUCAGCACCACCUCAACAAGGCAUGCCUCCACCACCGCCGCCACCAGGGCCACCACCUCCCCAUUUGAUGCAGCAUAAACAUGGUUACUUCACGGGUGAUACGAGUAACGAUGGAGGAAAGAGCUACGGAUGGCAGUCAGAGAGACGCGAUGGUUUCGGAAGUAACCAGGAUUAGACCCAAGUUUUCUGUUUAUAAUGUUUGUGUCUGUUUCACAUUAUUUCUUAAAUGUUGUAGAACAUUUUGGUUUCCAUGUAAUAUUAGUUGAUCUUUUGUAUCA